AUGUGUAAUAAUAAAAAUAAAAUAAAAGUGCCAUAGUCGAUCCUAAAUGAGUGGGGAGGUAGCGUUGUAGGCCACGUCGAGCAAUCUCCGGUGGGGGCGUGGAUUUCAAGACCAGAGCUCCUAAAAUUCAAACACAAGCUUACCAUUUUCAGUAUUUAAAGACGAGGGUAGAUACAGAGUGAGAGCAUUCCGCACCUUAAUCGGCACAUACCCAACUCAUAAAUCUAUCUAAACUUUCAAGUUAUGGCCACCCUUCUUGUUCCUCAUGAUGUUCCUCCCCCAAAUGUUGAUGCAGAAGCCAUUAAAGCCGCUUUCCGAGGCUGGGGUACUGAUGAGAAGGCCAUCGUUGCCGUCCUGGGUUACAGAAAUGCACCUCAGAGGAGGCAAAUCAGGAUUGCUUAUGAACAGCUUUUCGAGGAGGAUCUUGUUAAGCGCUUUGAAUCUGAGCUCUCUGGCCACCUUGAGAGAGCUGUAUACCGAUGGAUACUAGAUCCAGAGGACAGAGACGCUGUGUUGGCUCACGUCGCCUUAAGGAAGCCCAAUGAAGAUUUUGCAGUACUUGUUGAAUUUUCUUGCAUUUACUCUCCUGAAGAGUUCUUGGGAGUCAGAAGAGCGUAUCAACACCGGUACAAGCGAUCAUUAGAGGAAGAUGUUGCCGCCAACACUCACGAUGAUUUUCGCAAGCUGUUGGUGGGGUUGGUGAGUGCAUAUCGUUACAACGGUGGAGAGAUAGAUGCAAAAUUAGCCAAAUCAGAAGCUGAGAUACUUGAGCGUGCAGUUAAAGACAAAGCCUUCAAUCAUGAAGAUGUUAUAAGGAUCCUAACCACAAGGAGUAAGGCACAGCUGAUUGCAACUUUCAAUCACUACAAAGAUGCCAAUGGUAUUUCUAUUUCUAAGCAAUUGGGCCAAGAUCGUGAUGCCAAUGAGUUCACAGAAGCACUUAAAACUGUGAUUCGGUGCAUCAAUGACCCUGUAAAAUACUACGAGAAGGUAGUGCGAAAUGCAAUCAAGAAGGUUGGGAAGAGCGAUGAGGAUGCAUUGACUCGCGUGGUGGUGACAAGGGCGGAGAAAGACUUGAGGCAAAUAAAGGAGGCUUAUCACAAGAGAAACAGUGUUACCCUUGAUGAUGCUGUGAAGAAGGAGACCUCUGGCGACUAUGAGCGCUUCAUCCUUGCUCUUCUUGCUAUGGCUACCUUGAUUGUUCCUCGUGACGUUCCUUCUGCCAAUGUUGACGCCGAAGCUCUCAGAACCGCUUUCAAAGGCUGGGGAUCCGACGAGAAGGCCAUUAUUUCCAUCCUUGCUCAUAGAAAUGCGAUUCAGAGGAGGCAUAUCAGGAUUGCUUACGAACAGCUUUUCCAAGAGGAUCUUAUCAAGCGCCUUGAAUCGGAGAUCUCUGGCCACUUCGAGAGAGCUGUGUACCGAUGGAUGCUGGAUCCUGAGGACAGAGAUGCUGUAUUGGCCAACAUAGCCAUAAGGAAGCCGAAGGAAGAUUUUGCUGUGCUGGUCGAGCUUUCUUGCAUCUACUCUCCUGAGGAGCUAUUGGGGGUCAGGAGGGCUUACCAGCACCGCUACAAGCGUUCCUUAGAGGAAGAUGUUGCAGCCAGCACCAACGACGAUUUACGCACGCUGUUGGUUGGAUUAGUGAGUGCAUACCGUUACAAUGGAGCGGAUGUAGAUCUAAGCCUCGCUAAAUCAGAAGCGGAGAGACUUGAGCGUGCAAUCAAAGACAAAACCUUCUAUCAUGAAGAUGUUGUCAGGAUCUUAACCACAAGGAGUAGGCCACAGCUGGUUGCAACUUUCAAUCACUACAAAGAUGCCUACGGUAUUUCCAUUUCUGAGCAAUUGUCCAGUGAUAAAGCAGGCAAAGAGUUCACAGAAGCAUUGCGAACUAUCAUUGAAUGCAUCGAUGACCCUUACCAGUACUACGAGAAGGUGGUGCGAAAUGCAAUCAAGAGGGUCGGGAAGAGCGAUGAAGAUGCGUUAACCCGAGUGGUGGUAUCGAGGGCUGAGAAAGACUUGAGGCAGAUAAAGGAGGCUUAUCACAAGAGAAACAGUGUUACCCUUGAUGAUGCUGUGUCCAAGGAGACCUCUGGCGACUACAAGCGUUUCAUCCUUGCACUUCUUGGUAAUUAAAUUUCUGAUUAAAUACUCAGCCUUGUGUGUUGCUUCUUGCCAAUAAUAAUAACAAUAAUAUAUUCUCCUUAUCAGUAUCCUAUUAUGAGUUUUGUUAUAAUCGGCUUUCAAUUAUUGUAUGUUGCUCUAUAAUAUGUGAUAAGUGUUUUGUAUUGCAGACCUUUGGUUUUGUAUGAAUAUGAAAACUUCUUUAGUUGCAUUGUGCUAUCUUAUUCUAUGCUUCUCUAA